CUCUCUUUACGUUAGUCUGUGCGACAGCGCGCGUGAACAUUUAUUUUCUGAACUUUGUAGCAUUCAGUGUGAUUCCACGAGUUUAAAUUAUUCAAUAGGCUGCGUGUGAUAAACGUGGAAUUUGUUGCUCAUUUAUAUCGCUGCUAACGUUUUUAUUUCUGUACCAUUGGGUAAAAAUGGCCGCGAAAGAUUUGCGGGCACUCAGUGAGACAGAAAUAAAAAAAUUUUUUGAUUCUUUCGACACUGUUCUGACAGAUUGCGAUGGUGUGCUCUGGUUUCACACGAGCGCGUUGCCAAACGCUGCUGAUGUUAUGAACACUUUUCGAGAUCUUGGUAAACAAGUUUUUUUCGUCACAAACAAUAGCACCAAGACCCGUGAGGAAUUUAGUGAAAAAUGUGAAGUUUUAAAUUUCAUCGCGACACCCGAGGAUAUUCUUGGCACUGCCUAUCUUACCGCGUGUUAUCUUCGAGACAUUAAUUUUACGAAAAAAGCUUACGUCAUUGGUUCAACUGGUAUUACAAAAGAAUUGGAUUAUGUUGGAAUUCCCCAUAUUGGUGUUGGACCAGAUCCAGUGCUCAAUUCUCCUUACGAACCAUUCGAAAUGGAUCCCGAAGUUGGAGCCGUCAUUGUUGGUUUUGAUGAACAUUUCAGUUACAGAAAAAUGAUGAAAGCAGCAUCAUACUUGAAGGACAAAGCUGUCCACUUCAUAGCUACAAAUACAGAUGAAAGAUUCCCUACAUCGGGAAGCUUGGUAAUUCCAGGCACGGGGAGUUUAGUACGUUGCAUAGAGACGUGCUCGGAGAGAAAGGCGGUUGUGAUGGGAAAACCGGAAACCUAUGUGGCUGAUAUGUUAGCAAAACAUCACAAAAUCGAUCCGAAACGUACUUUGAUGAUAGGGGACCGUGCGAACACGGACAUACUGUUGGGUACGCGUUGUGGUUUUCAAACGCUGCUCGUGCUUUCGGGUGUGACGACACUCGAAGAAGUCGAACACUGGCGAGGAUCAGAAAAGCGAGAGCACAAAGGUUAUUUACCGGAUUUUUACACCGAACAACUGGGCGAUCUUUUCCCACUUUUGCAGCAUUACAAACGUAAUUUACAUAAAUCGGCUUGUUGCACUCGAGCUUGUUGCACACUGCUCGUGAUUCAUUGCUCGUGUUCAGUAGUAUUUUCCUCAAUGGCAGCGAAAAGCUUGAGGUCUCUGGCGAAAGGGGAGUUGAAAAGUUUCGUUGAUUCCUUCGACGUCGUUUUGUCCGAUUGUGACGGCGUUUUGUGGCGUGAAACCGAAGCGAUUGAGGGCUCCCCUGAAGCAGUUGAAAACUUCAAGAAAAUCGGCAAAAAGUUUUUCUACGUUACCAAUAACAAUGGCAAAACUCGAGAGGAACUUGUUGAAAAGUGCAAACAAUUGAUGUUCGAUCCAGCGAAGGAAGAAAUCGUGUGUACGUCUUUCCUCGCGGCGAUGUAUCUGAGGGAGAAGAAAUUCAGUAAAAAAGUGUACGUCGUUGGUGGAACCGGUAUAACCAGAGAAUUGGAGGCUGUCGGUAUUUCGCACACCGGAGUUGGGCCUGAUCCAAUGAGUGGAGACGCGACAGAUGUGAUCGUCAACUUUAAACCUGAUCCCGAUAUCGGCGCUGUGAUCGUCGGUUUCGACACCGAUUUCAGUUACCCAAAACUCGUGAAAGCUGCGACUUAUGCUGUUGAUCCUAAUGUGCAUUUCAUUGGAGCUAAUCCAGACACCGUUAGACCUUCUCCAAAUUCCAACAUGUUUCCAGGAGCGGGAUGUUUGAUCACAGCGGUAGAAGCAGCAGCCGGAAGAAAAGCUGUGAUCCUCGGUAAACCUGAACCCUACAUAAGCGAAUACAUCAUCAAAACUUAUGGUCUAGACCCUGCCCGUACCCUCAUGAUCGGCGAUAACUGCAACACGGAUAUACUCCUGGGCAAACGUUGUGGAUUCAAGACGUUGCUCGUACUGUCAGGCAUCACGUCCGAGAGCGAUGUCGCAGAUCUCAACAAAACAACGAGACAAGAGGACAAACGAAUCGUUCCCGAUUUUUAUACUGAUCGAUUAUCGGAUGUUUUUCAAUUACUGAACGAAUAACAAAAAAAUAUUCAAUGAGUACUUUCACUAAACUGAAUUCAGUAUUGUUCAACUCCCGACGACUAGUGCGACGAAAAGAGGGGAGUUGUGUGUUUUAUUCUAUCUUUUCCCUCGUGUAAGAUCGAUUUAGUUAGUAAAGAUGAAAGAAAAUCCAAUAAUAUUGGCAAAAUACAAUGAAACAUCGAUUAGUUUUUUUAAAUUAAAUUUUCAGGUCUAAGGACCAUUUUAUUUCAAAUCUUUUUCGACUUUAUUUGUAACGAUUUGACAGUCGCAGGGAAUCGCAGAUUGUCGGAAGUAUAAACGUGCGUUUUUCAUGGAAAAUUUGACUCUGAGAUUGUCCAUAUAAAGUUUCGAAUGAGGGCAUUAAAAAAAACAAAAAUACUUCAAUACGCCACGUCGACGAGGUUCCGAAACGGUCGAAAGUGUUGUAACGAGAAGUGAUAAAGUGUUUUUCAUGAAAAAUUUAACAUUCCCAUCGUUUAAUGUCAAGUUUUUAAUGAGAACACAAACCGUAUAGUGAAAUAGAGCAUGUCGAACGUGAUUCAGGAAUGAGGAGGGAAAAAAAGCAAUGAAAAAGUAUUAGCGCAAAGUGUAACGAAAAAAUUAGUUUCGAGGAAAACACGUCGCCUGCGAACAGCGCAUGAGGUCACAUUUUCCAUCGUUUUAACGCUGCUUCUGGUAGAACUUAUUUUCUUUCAAAGAGCGAUAAAAAAGUAACGAUUUUUCGGAAACACUAGAGAGGUGGGCGCGUAACCGCCCGAAGUUUAUAAGACGCAAAACUGAAGUUUUAGAUAUAUUCAAUCAUCAUUGAAUAUAAGCUGAAUAUUAUUUGCGUUAUGAAUAUCGCAAUGUAAGGAAAACCUAAUUGUAUGAUUUGACAGUCUCGAUAAAAGGACUUUACUUCCAUAUAAAAAAUUUCGUAUUCGUUCUCUCUUUUGAGAUUUAUUUACAAACGUAUAUUUCGAACUCUUCGCUCGUCGUCGAUAAAUGAACUUACAAAGCCCCAUAGCACUGAAUAUUUGACAACAAAUAUCCAUAAAUGUCAACACUUUAUAACGCAGGAAUACCGAAAAAUUUAUGAUCCGCGUUGUGAAAUAAUGAAAUCUCCGAACCAAAGUCACCAUCGUAUUUUCAGUCACGUUAAUAUUUAAAAUUCAAAGUUGGGAAAUAAAUUUGCUCAAUUUUCCAUAGCACAAUAAACGAAUUACAGAAGAUUGAUCUCUCUCAAAGUAAUCAGCGACAAAGUGUUUCCAUUGAAGCUCUAAUUUGUCGAUUGUUCUGCUGUAGAUUGAUAUUCAAGUGGAAAAGUUUGAUGCGCAGAGUACGGUAGCCCGAAAGACGAUCGUCGUUCAAUCGAAUCGACCUUGACAGUGUGAUAGUCGUAUCUCUGCUUGUCACUCUCUUCGUAUCGCGAUCAAACAUGUAUUCACGUGCUAUUUUUCGCGUAUAAAAGUGCCUUUAUUUGUGUAUAUACGGACCUCUGCCACACUGCCGAGAUUAAGCCAGGUUGAUUCACUCGAAUUUCCAACGCAUUUAGUACAUGACUUGCUCGAUCACGAGUCAAUGGAAAGUUUCAACUGAUGUUUUACGGUUCUUCGUGUAAUCAAAAAAUCAUUGGAGAUUUAAAAAAAACUAUAAUCUGUUAUCGUCUUGUAAUAUGAAACGGAGUUUGCAGAGAAUCCGAAUUCUCAUUCACAUUCUUUUCGCUUUAGAAAAAUUUUCAUCGAUAUUUAACAAGAAUCGAAUAACAUUUUUAUUAAUUCGGUUUACACUAGAUAACAGUAUUCAAUAAACGCUGGAAUAUUGUGUAGUUGAACAGGUGAAUCGUUACUUAUUUGAAUAUAAAACUCAUUUAAUGGCAGCUGCUCUGUUCUGAGGCGUCGGAAAUGUCGAUAUCAUUGUGAAUUCAACUAAUGAAAAAUAGAGUUUCGAAUGACUUUUGUUGUGUAAUAAGGAGAAUUAAACAAAAAAAUGGUUAUGGAAAUUUGACAAAAUUUCUAAAAUCUAAAAAUUCUAAAAAUUUUGUUACAUAAAACAUCUGAGAAGCUGCAAGAAACUCUGAAAACCCUUGUGAACGUUCCAUCGUCGAAAACUUUUUGAGAAAUUUGUUGCAUGAAAAAAAGUAAAAGGGGGAAAAAACGCCGUUGAAGAAUAAGACCGGAGAAAAUUGCAGCAGAAACUGUGAGGAACGCUCGGCGAGUGAACCUCCCCCGUGCGGCAACCGCGGGAACGUUGGAAACCGCGUAUGGAAAAAAGAAAACGGCGAAGACUGCCUCUGUGUUACGAUGCGAGCGAGUUCGCUGCGAGUGUAUCGAGUGUUUUCGGAACGGAAUCUCAUAAGUAGCGUCUCCGCUUGCGUCUGGAGUUCUCUUUUCAAGGUUUGACAGUGUAGCUUUGGAGUUCCACGCUCUCCACGACUCCGUCACCCAUUUCACAUACUCGUUUGGUCUUUCACGAUCACAAAAUUAGAGGGGAGGCAAAAAUAGUUUUUCAAAAUGUCGUAUAAAUUAGUAAGUGAACUGAGCGAAAAAGAAAUGAAGAAUUUCUCUGAGAGCUUCGACACGGUCAUUGUGUUUUCCGAAGUUCUCAGUGGAAAGGGAGGCGAAAUUUCGACUCCAGGGAGCGCGGUCGACAUCCUGAAAAAAAUCGGCAAAAGACUUGUUUACUUCAGCCGUGAUUGUUCGAUGUCGCGACGUGAAAUAUGUGAGGAUCUAAGGAAGGCGAAUCACGAGCUCGAGCCAAAUGAAAUUAUCUGUAUGACGUCGCUAAUCGCGAAAUAUUUGAAGAGCCGUUUGAUCGACAAAAAAAUCUACGUGAUUGGCUCCCCGGGAAUCAGCGAAGAGCUCGACGACGUUGGUUUGCCGAAUUUUGGAACGGGACCAGACAUUUUAACGACGGAUUUGGCGACGUUCGUACAUUCGUACGAAGAUGAUCCAGAGAUCGGAGCCGUCGUCGUUGGUUACGACGAGCACUUCAGCUACCCGAAGAUGUUACGAGCAGCUUCGUAUUUGAGCGUAACAAAUGUAAUUCACGUGGCAUGCACCGAGAGAACAAAAACAGCAGCUGCUCUCGUCGCAUGUAUCGAGACGUGCUCCGAAAAGAAAGCAAUUGUUUUCGAUACUUCAGCUACCCUAAUCAGCAACACUCUCAUCAAUGAUUAUCGGAUAAUACCUGAAAAUACACUGAUUAUCGCACCUGCUGAAAACGGCGACAUUUGUCUUGCGAGGUACCGGAGACUACACGACUUUUUAUCUAUUGAACCGCUCAAUAAAACCUCCGCCUUCAUAUCAUCCAAUAAACUUGACGAGCUCGCGAUAGACUCGAUUCUGCAUGCUAAUGAUUUGGCAGAAUUUGCAGCUUGUUUGAAGAUUUAAUUCAUAAUUAAAGGGGAAGUUUUAUUCGAACGGAAACAAUUUCUUAAAGGCUGUUCGUAAUCUUCGAGAUCGCGAGAAAACCGAGUUUCUACUCGUACCGAUUCUAUCUCGGAUUCCAUCCUUUAGAAAUGAGUCAAUCGUUCUUACCUUGAAACUGCUUUGCGUGUUGAGGCCUCGAAAAAAAAAAAUCAUGAAUAAUCACAAAAAAUUCAAGUUGAAUCUGCUCCAUUUCACGAUUAUUAUUUCAUGUCGUUUUGCCACCUGGAUUUGUAGAUAAAAUUUGAUAAAGAAAGGAAUGAUAAAGGAAUGGAAUGAUCGAAUAUGAAAUAGCGAGAGAAUAUAUCAACAAAAUUGUACUUUUAGGGGAAUCAAUAGAAAUCAUUUAUAUGGGUUUGAAAUCGUUUUGAAAAGAACAUUUUUCGAUUGUGCAACCUCAGUGAAAAUUUCUAUUGAUAACGAGGCAGAGAAUCAAAAUUAGGGUAUAAUGUUAUUUCCAAUAUGGAUGAAAAAUCGUGGCGAAGGUUCAACGAAAUGCAACGAGUUCAAUGCCAAUAACGUUCAUUUUUUUAAAUCAUGUUUCAUAAUACAUAUUCCAUUGUUAUAAUAUAUAGUAGAAGAUGGAAUUUCGUAUUUAUUGUAUAUAAUUUGCUUAGAGGUAAAUCCGUGACCCGUCGAUGAUCCUGCAUUCGAUGCGAGCAUGAGAGUUCAAAAAUAUGUUAACUUAUAUACAUAGCGUAUUUUCAAAAAUUCUUGCGACAGUCGAUCAUCAAAAACAAUAUCAGGCUCGGUAAACACAAAAAUCUAAAAAAAUGAUGUCACAAAAUCGUCGACGUUUGUGAAUAACGAUUGUGAAAAUGAGCUAGAUUUUUUAUAGAUUAAACAAUGUAGAAAACGUGAUUGCUCGAUGAAUUUGCAAUUUAUGAUGAUAACUCAAAGGUCUUUUCCUCAUUGUAAAAAUGGAUCUUGCCUAAAUUUUUUGUAUGCAACUAUUGAUCAUUUCGUGAUGAUCACGAGGAGCUCUAAACUUUCUGAGUGAAUUAAUAAAAUAAUUCCUCCAAUAAGUAGCUCUGAAAAAUACAAAAUUGAGACUGACCAAUUCAUGAAAAUGUCGCGAAAUAAAUGAGAAUAUAAAAACUUUGAUUCUGUGAUUCAUA